AAGAGGAAAGGGCGGGAUUAACCGGAACCAACUGGCGUUAACAUCAUGGCGGGACACACGAAAGAACGAAACAACAGCCUUUCCACAAGAGUCCGGUCUUUCAUUUUAACGGUGCUGCUUUUCUCUUUACCUCAAACAUCAUUACAAGCUACAGGUAACACGCCUCCAGUCAUCGAUCUCAGGGAUGGAGAGUCAUAUGCAAUGUCGGGGUCCAAUCUGUUCUGUUACAACAACUCCAUGGUACCAAACUGGAGGCAAACCUGGACAAGAAUUCAGGUCAGAGUUUGGAGCUUAAAAGUGUUCAAGGUGGAAACCGUAGGGGACGAGGAAGAGCUGCAAGAGCUAGAGCGCUUCACCAUCUGGAACUGGUUCCAGAGUUUAUUGCGUGAAGGCCACAAUGAAACCACAAUAAACAUCCACCUGUUCAGCAAAAAGACAUGUUUCAAGAUUGAACCUACCGACAAGACUGUGUACAAUGUCAAGUCGCUACGCAAGUUUGACAUAUAUUUAUUUCUUAUCUUCCUCGCUGGAAUAAUGUUAUUUGCCUUUGCUGACUCCCUCAGCAGGAGCCAAGUCUUCUUCUAUUCCGCUGGCAUGGGUACAGGAAUGUUUGCUUCUCUCAUCAUUCUCUUUUUUUUACUGGCUCGCCUUUUGCCGAGGAAAAGCCCGUUUUACUUAUUGAUUGUUGGCGGCUGGUCAUUCUCCGUCUACACCAUCCAGCUUGUCUGUAGAAACCUCCGCCUGAUUCUUCAAGAACAUUGGCAUGCGGCUUUAGGUUACGUGGGAGUGGUAGGCUUCAUCAGUUUCACUGUGUGUUACCGCUACGGCCCUCUGGUGGAUGAAAAGAGCAUCAACAUUCUGUCGUGGACGCUGCAGUUGUUCGGCUUGGUCUUGAUUUAUCUGGGGAUUCAAAUUCAGGAGGUGGCGUUCGCCAUUAUUGUCGCAGCCGUAUUUGCUAAGAACCUGGAGUACCCCAUCAUGAUGGCAGUGAGGAAAAUUGGACACUAUGUUCACUUGAAGCCGUUGAAGCGUCGCCUGUUGACUGAGGAAGAGUAUCGCAAGCAAGGGGAGGAGGAGACUGUGCAUUCUCUGGAAGAGUUGCGGAAAUUCUGUCACAGCCCAGAGUUCAGCCCGUGGAAGGCCGUGAGCAGGCUUCAGUCCCCCAAGAGGUUUGCGGAUUUUAUCGAGGGGUCGUCACACUUGAUGGCCAAUGAGGUGUCGGUCCACGCACAGGAAUAUGGCUGCAAAGAGUUUUGGGUGGACGAAUUUUUUGACACAGAUGACGAGGACGAUGUCCCAUCCAGCCUCUGCCAAAAUCAGGAUGAGGAAACUUAAGACGCCUUGAAAACACUGGAAACACAGAAUUUCAACCUUUUGGGAAGGUUGAUGGCGCUCUGCUGCUUCAACGCUAACACUCGGACUGUUGAGCCACUGAGUUGUAGAAGAAGUCGGUGACCAAUGCACUCUAAAAUGUGUGCUCAUUGUUAUUCCAGAUACUGUACCUGGAUUUCCUCACUUACAUACAGUCAAAAACUGUUUUUAGAAUGAUUCUAAACAUUGAAUGUAGAACAUGGUUUAUGCGAGUGCAGAGCAAUUUAUGUUGUAUAACUAGUAUUCUGUUGAUAGAUCUGAUAAAGUUUCAUAUUUUUACAGCUUGAAACUGGGUGCAUUCUCUUCAUAGAAACUUUUUUUUUUAAACAUGAUUUACUCUUCUAUUAAAAUUAUAAGUCAUCAUUUACUACCUUUUUAAAUCACAGGUGUCAAGUUGAAACCCGCCGCAUCGUUUUAUAUGGCCCACAAAGGCCUGGAAAUUUGCAUCAAUAAAGUACUUUAUUCUUUCUUACUAAA